UCGUUCAAACGUUCAAAAGUGAGUGAGAGGAGCUGUCCACAGUUAAUCAGUUAAAAAUCCGCAUAUUUCCGUUACAGAAAAAUAUAAAAAAAAAACACACGCACAACAAAAAACAACCCGAUAUUAGAGAGCUCGGCAUUGCAAUCCGAAGAGCUACAGGUGUAACCAAGUAAUUAUCAUACGGAUUGCUUCAACUUCAUUCUAGUGUUUCUAGUGACAAACAUUCACACACACAAAAUGGUCGACAACAAAUCCUUGUGGUACUUAACAAUUUUAUUGCUGACAUUCUGUUUUAUGCUGGUGCAUUGUACAUCGCUUGAGCCUUCAGAUCAAUUUCUAGAUAAUCCCACAGAUGGAAAAUCGGAUCUUCUUACAAUGCAAAAGCGUCCUUCCUUCUUUGUGGGCAGCCGCUAUGGCCGAUCAUCGGGUGGUGCUGCUUCAUCAUCGGGUGGCAGUGCUUAUGCUCCCUCAAAAACUCGUCGUCUCAAUGUUGUGCCCCGCAACGAUAGAUUCUUUUUAGGUUCACGCUAUGGCAAGCGAGCGGGUACGCAAAAUGCAAAGCAACAACCUCUCUUGGAUUCUGUGUUAGCAACACCCUAUGAACAAGCUUUGUUUUCAGAAAUCUCCACAGGCACCCAAUUGAGUAACAAACCUGGACCUCAGAUGUUUGCCAAUGACAACUUCAGUGGCGAUACCAGUGAAAGUGGAGUCGCCUCUUCGCCAUUCUACAUGUCCUGCGUGUAUACAGGUUUGCAGAAUUUCUAUCGCUGCGACAGUAUUGAUGAUAACAUGUUUUAUGUUAAAAAUACAGUUAAGAAUGAUGCCGGCUAUGAGAAUGAUGAUGAGGACACUGACGUUGACACUGGCAAUGAUAAUAAUGACUUCGAUGAAAAUGGAAAUGGCGAAAGUGAUGAUACUAACGAUGAAGUACCCUCGGCUGGUACAAAUGUGGCAGGUGUUGGGGCUAACGCUUUGACUGCUCUUGUUAAUGAGGCUGGCAUACAUAACGAGCAGGCUGGCAAUGCAAAAAAUUAAAGUGUUGCUUUUAAAUGUUCUUUAAAAGCCAUACUUCAAUGACCAGCACAAAGAUCAACUUUUGGCUGCCCCGCAUGAGACCCUCCUCAAAGCAGAAACUAUACUAUUAAUAUUUAUUUAUAUAUAUAUAUAUACUAUAUAUGUGCAUAUUCCUUAAACUUAUGCCUCCCUACAUACAACUAGAGAUUAAAUUGUAAAAUCAAAACAAAAAAUGCGGAAAAGUGAACUCUUACAAAUGUCCUCAGACCUAACACCGGCAUAUAUACACACACACAAAAACAUAUAUAUAUAUUUAUUGGCUAGAAUUAAUUAUUUAUAAAAGGGCUGGAUAAAGUUUAAUUCUAGUACAAAAUAACUCCAUGAAUUGUAAAUAAAUGCUUCACUAGAAUAUUGCCCCUUAUCCAUUGAUUAGAAUUUAUUUUACAUGAAUAUAUAUAUGAAUGAAUGACUAUACACAUAUAUAGAUGUGCAUCUUAAGAAAUGUCUUUAAACAAAUAUGUUAUGUAUAAAAAUGAUUUGAACCCCGAAUCGUAAGAAUUUAUAGUGUCUUUAUUGAAGUUUCAUGUCAAAUAAAACAAAAAAAAAAAAUCACAAACAUUUUUCUUUUUAAAAAAUUUAUUUAUUUUUCUAUGUUAUAUGCUCCAUACAAAAAAUAAUUGUUAUUUAUUUGUAUAUGAAAACUUAUAAAAAGCUUAAAACAAUUAUCAAUUUAUAUAUAUAUGAUUAACAUAAAUGUAUUAUUAAGUUGGAUGGAUUAGGAAUGAUGAUAUACAUACACGUACUUUAUUAUAAAGACAUUCGGAAAAAAAGUAAAUCAAGUUAAAUACCAAAUCAAAAGUAUAUAUACAAAAAUAAUUUAAAGAGAAGAACCAUACAUUAUAUGAAAUACAAAAUAUAUGAAAAUAAAUGCACAAAUAUGCCAAAUGAGCAACUCGAAAAGCUGA